GGCAGCGCCGGAGGAGCCAGCGCCGGACGCGCCACGGCCCAGGUGCGAUGGAGGCCGUCUCUCUGGCCGGGGUGCUCUGGGCCUUCGUGCUGGUUCUCCCCGCGGUGCUGGCCACGGCUCUCUGCAUCGGCUGCCGGGACACGGGCUCUCCUGGAGCAGAGUGGGACGGACCCCCCCUGCCCCCACCCCUAAUGCUGCGCCCUGCUCUCUCGCCAGCCCACGGAGCCCAGGCGGUCGGGGACUACGAGUACAAACCCCCACCUUGUGUCCCCCCCAACAGCUUCAUGGUGCUGACCAGAGCCAACUAUCCCUCCAGGAACCAGAUCAAACAGCAACCGGUGCCGCCCGCUGAGCAGUUCCUGUCCAUCCCGCGAUCCCCACAGGCGCCCCAGAGCCGCCAAGUCUCCUUCACCAGGACAGAGACCGACAACGACAGCGUCCCCAGCUACGAGAACGAGGAGCGACCCCGUGGGGACGACGACGACGACAACGACUAUAACAACGAGAUCUACACCCCCGGCUACGUUGAGGUGCUUCCCGACAGCGUCACUGAGACGUCCCCCACGGAGCUGGUCACCUCGGGGCCAGAGCUCAGGGACAGCGCGUCCUCAGUGGGAAUGGGGGAUGAGUACGAGAACAUGCCGGAGGCCCAGAGGGAGUCGCUGGCUGACAGCCUGGAGUACGUCAACAUGCCAGAGCCUGUAUCCGGCCUCCCUGACGCCCACUACGGCGCCAGCGACCGGGAGAGCGAGGACGACGGGCCCGACUACGAGAACCUGCACCGCUGA